GUCAGUGCCUCCUAAAGUGAAUGAUGCAACACCUGAACAAAACUCAAGCCAGCCUAAAUCUGCACAAGUUACUCUACAAUCAACUUCAACAGUCAAUGUUGUGGUUGUAGAAGAUGAAACUGCACAGCCAGAUCAGAUAGAAGACAAAACCACUGCUUCCAUUGCUGAGGAAUGGGAGCAGCUGGUUGUUGGUGAACUCACUGAGAAAUAUUCUCCUUCCCAUAUAUCUAAACACAAGUUGGAAGAAUCAGUUCUAUCACCAAUAGACAUUAACCGGCAGCUGGAUGUCAAAACUUCAAGGAUACUAGAGAGGCUAGAGGCACCAAGACAGUUAAAAUCUAAGGCAGUCUCUCCCACUAUCACAAGCAGCGGCAUCCAAAAUGCAGGUGUGCCAGUAAAGAUGCCUCUGAUUCCUUUCCAGUCCAAUCAGGCCUCAGACCCGAAUUCAACAUCAAGCGAACUAAUGAAACCCAACUUCCAGAGGCUUAAAAGGAAACACAAAUGAAAGUAGGUAACCCUUCAUUUGAAAGGACUUAUUUUGGCAUCAGAGGCCCAGGAGAUUUGCUUUACCUUUUACUUUUGCUCGGUUUUAGCAUGUCUGAUAUUCUUGUUCUAUAAGCAUACUGAAUAGAUACAGCAUACCAUGGUAGUAAAUAAUCAGAACAAAGUAGA